AUGGCUACCGUUAUUACGCCGGCGUCUCUAAUUCCCGUCUCUUCAACCUCCAACUUAACUUUUACCAUCCAACAUGAACCUGCAUCAGCGGCAGGUUACUCUUUGCCCCGGACUGGGUCGUUCAAGAACUGCAAAUCCAUGCUAGAGCUAAAGCAGCUGCAGUCCCAAAUCACCAAAACGGGUCAAGACCAGGACCCGUCUUCAAUCACGGGUCUUAUCUCCUCCUGCAUCGAGAUGGGCACAGAUGUGAGUUUGGAUUACGCCCGCAAAGCAUUGGAAGUCUUCGUCGAAGAUAACGGACCGACGGGGAGUCUGUACAUGUUCAACUCUGUGAUUAGGGGUUAUUCUUCUCGUGGGUUUGGAGACAGAGCUAUUUUGGUUUUCAACGAGAUGUUGUGCGUUGGUGUUUGUCCAGAUAAGUACACAUUUCCCUUCUUGCUGAGUGGGUGCGCCAAGGCUGGAGCUUUCAGGGAGGGUAUUCAGGCCCAUGGAGUGAUUGCCAAGAUGGGUUUGUUCAGGGAUGUGUUUGUUCAGAAUUCGUUGAUACACUUCUACGCAGAGUGCGGAGAGAUUGAGCAUAUGAGGAAGGUGUUCGACGAAAUGCGCGAGAGAAACAUUGUGUCGUGGACCAGCUUGAUUGGUGGUUAUGCUAAGAGAAAUUCGCCUAAAGAGGCUGUGACACUGUUUCUUGAGAUGGUAGAAAUGGGUAUUGUGCCGAAUCCAGUUACCCUGGUUUGUGCUAUAUCUGCUUGUGCCAAGUUACAGGAUCUUGAGUUGGGCAAGAAGGUUUGUGCUUAUAUUGGGGAGUUCGGUCUGGAGGUUAAUACGGUAAUGACUAAUGCACUUGUCGAUAUGUAUAUGAAAUGUGGAGAUAUUGACUCGGCGAAGCGGCUUUUUGAUGAAUGCACUGAUAAAAAUUUGGUCUUGUGCAACACAAUGAUGUCAAAUUAUGUCCGCCAUGGAAUGCCUGUUGAAGGUCUCGUUGUCUUGGAUCAGAUGCUGCAACAUGGUCCAAGACCCGACAGGGUUACCAUGCUAUCAGCAAUCUCAGCUUGUUCACAAACGGAAGAUCUUUUGCACGGAAGAUCUUGCCAUGGUUAUAUCUUGAGAAAUGCUUUAGAACAUUGGGAUAAUAUUUGUAACGCCCUGAUUGAUAUGUACAUGAAGUGUGAUAAACCACAAGCAGCCUGUGCACUCUUCAAUCGCAUGCCAAACAAGACUUCAGUGUCAUGGAAUUCUCUCAUUUCUGGGUUUUUUAAAUGUGGAGAUGUGGAGUCAGCGUGGCAGCUCUUCCAGGAGAUGCCAGACGCUGAUCUUGUGUCUUGGAACACCAUGAUAGGGGCUUUAGUGCAAGACAGCAUGUUCAUGGAAGCAAUUGAGCUUUUCCGGAAAAUGCAGAACCAGGGUGUAGAACCAGAUAGAGUGACUCUCAUGGAACUUGCUUCUGCCUGUGGCUAUCUUGGUGCUGUUGAACUUGCAAAAUGGAUAUACUUGUAUAUUCAGAAGAAGGACGAUAUUCAGUGUGAUCUGCGGCUUGGCACAGCCUUGAUUGACAUGUUUGCUAGGUGUGGUGAUCCUCAUGGUGCCAUGCAAGUUUUCAGCCAUAUGGCUCAGAGAGAUGUGUCAGCAUGGACUGCAGCCAUAGGAGCAAUGGCCAUGGAAGGAAAUGGGAAACAAGCGAUUGAGCUUUUCAAUGAGAUGCUGCAUCAAGGAAUUAAACCCGACGCAGUCGUGUUCGUCAAUUUACUGACAGCACUGAGUCAUGGCGGGUUAGUGGAAGAAGGAUGGGAGUUCUUUGGUUCAAUGGAUGAUUCAUUUGGGAUAAAGCCUAAAGUGGUCCAUUACGGUUGCAUGGUUGAUUUGCUUGGUAGAGCUGGGUUACUUGCAGAAGCUCUUAAUCUAAUCAAGCACAUGCCAAUGGAGCCAAAUGUUGUGAUUUGGAGUUCACUCUUAGCUGCCUGCCGGAUGCAUAAAAAUGUCGAUGUUGCCAAAUAUGCAGCUGAAAAGAUAGCUCAACUUGAUCCUGAACGGCCGGGGAUUCAUGUUCUUCUGUCUACUAUCUAUGCAUCUGCUGGUCAAUGGAAUGAUGUUGCUAAAGUCAGGCUACAAAUGAAAGAGCAAGGUGUCCAGAAAGGACCCGGGUCGAGCUCGGUUCAGAUCGAUGGCGAAGUUUACGAGUUCACCUCAGGUGCCGAAACCCGACCAGAAAUGGACCGAAUUGAACCCAUGCUGCUAGAGAUGAAUUGCAGGUUGAGAGAGGCUGGGUAUUCUCCCGAUCUGACAAAUGUUCUACUUGAUGUGGAUGAGCCAGAGAAAGAGUACUUGCUAAGUAGACACAGUGAGAAGCUUGCUAUAGCCUUUUCCCUAAUCAACACCGGCCAGGGAAUGCCAGUCAGAGUGGUGAAGAACCUCAGGAUCUGCUCUGAUUGCCACACAUUCGCCAAAUCGGUAUCGAAAGUGUACAACAGAGAAAUCAUCAUUCGAGACAACAACAGGUUCCAUUUCUUCCGGCACGGGUCCUGUUCUUGUAAAGAUUAUUGGUAG